AUGCGAGCUCGAACCCACGGAUGUAGCGGUGCCCAAUUACAAGCGGCGAGCGGCCGCGCCGAAAAAGCGCAUUUAGCCUACCGACUGGCCAAAUGCGCGGAUCUUGCCUCCAUCCAUGCGCUGCUCCGUGAAGAAGCGGGCAGCGCCCGCAAUGCCUUGCCAGGAGCGGUCCGCACGCAGCUUGCGGCCAGCACGCGUCCUGCCGACGUUGUCGCCACGUUCCGGCAACUCACGGCUAGAUGGCGUAGCAGUGCGCAGGGUCCCCUGGAUGCCGCGCUGCUUACCGACGCCCUGCAGCCCGCGUAUGCCUUGCUGGACCUCCACCUGCCCUCCCUGCAGCCUCGCGAAAUCGCCGCCAUCAUCAAAUCGCUAGCAUGCCUCCGAAGCGCCAGUCCGGAGGUGCUAAGACGCCUGGCGGACUCCUUGAUGCGCAGGCCCGCCCCGGCCCCGGCCCCGACCACACAGCCGGGCAGUGUACUGCAGCACGGUCUGAUGGUGGCAACGCCAGCACUAGCUGCAAUGGCGUCGCCAGCUUCCCCGCCAUCAAACGUUCCACUGGCACCGUCCCAUCAUGCCGCUGCGGGAACGCCACCAUCACCCACAGUAUCCUCCGCGUUUCCCGGUCUGGCCCGGCUGACCAGCCCAGAGCUGGCGUCCGUGGUUUCGGCGCUGGCAGCGUUCAACUUGCGGCCGGGGGACGCGUGGCUGGGCCUGUGCAUGAGCUGCCUGCAGCUAGGGUUGCCGUACCUGUUGGGGCCGCAGCUGUCACAGCUGCUGUGGUCGCUGGUGCAACUGGGGGUACGGCCCACGUCCCCCUGGCUGGCGCUGUACGAGGAGGCGCUUUGCGUGUGCCUGGAACACCACCUUUGCAACCAACACCAAAACCACCAAAACCAGCAUGACCUGGACGGUUCCAAGAAAACAACCGUCGAGGCGCCUCCAGCUCAACUGCCUCCGCCGUCGCCGCCGGGCGCUGCCUUAACGCAUCAUCCGAAGCAGGAAGCGGCAACGGAAGCGGCAGGCAUGUCUGCUGCAGCACCAACAGGGCCUGGCGGUGGCGGCGAUCUGAGCUGCGAUGACCUGGUUCGUGUGGUGAGCGCCUCCGCGGAGGUGUCUUUCCAGCCGGGUCCCAGGUGCCGGGGGCUGCUGCUGGCGGCGCUGGGCUCCCGGCUGCGGGCCAUGCAGCCCCACCAAGUGGCGACCCUGGCCUGGGCGGUGACCCGGCUGGGGUGGCGGCUAGGCGAGGAGUGGCGGGAGGACUUCCUGCGGGUCACCGGGUCGCUUUUGCCGUACUUCCGGGCUGCGGAUCUGCCUGCCGUACUUGGCUUCCUGGGCUCUGCCGGACUGGCCCCCGACCGUGCCUGGCUGCAUCGCUGCCUGGAGACGAGCCUCCCCCACUUGCCCCAGGUUAGCCCGCGGGACCUGCCCGACCUCCUCUGGGACAUCACCCGGCUGGAUGGCGACCUCUUCAAACAGGGGGUAUUGCGGGGAGGGGGGGAGAGAGGGGGAAGGGGCAAGGCUGGGAAGCAGCGGCGGGGAAGAGGUGCGGAGGCGGGGGGAGCCGGUGGGGAUGCGGAGGAGGGGCGGCAGCUGGAGGUGCUGGCGGCGACCUGGCUGCGGCGCUACCUGGCGCUGUGUACGGAGAAGGUAUCGAGAUUCACGGCGGCGGGUGUGGCUCGGAUGAUGCUGGCGGUGGCGCGGGCGGGAGGAGGUCGGCCGGAGGACGGGUGGCUGCAGGCGGCGUGUGCCACCCUGGCUUCCAAGAGCGACGUCCUGGCGCCCAACGAUAUGGCCGAUGCAGUGAUGGCGCUGGCAGAACUCCGCCGUCAGAGCCUGGAAACAACAACAGCCACCAUCACCACAGCCACCGCAGCCACCAGGACAAAGAAAACAAUACGAUUGAUGUCAACGUCAACGUCAGCGGCGGCGGCAGCGGCAGCGGCGGAGAGUCGGCUGCAGCAGCGGGCGCUGCUGGAGGCCCUACUUGCGGGUUGCGCCACGAAGAUGUCGCUGCUGCCGAAUGACCGGCUGGUGGGGCUGGUGGCGGCGGUGGCGGAGCUGGACGUGCAGCCCGACCCUUCCUGGCUGUUCGCGCUGCUGGAGGAGACUCAGACGCGAUUGGCGGAGGCGGCUCGCGGCGCCGCCACACCCACGUCCACACCAACACCCACAGCGACAGUGCCCGUAACUUCGGUAUUAUCGCCAGCCGUAUCGGCGUCCUCCUCCUCCUCCUCAUCAUCAUCAUCAUGGCCCCAGCCGGCGUCAGCGUCAGAGGCGCCCACGUCGGUCGCGUCUUCGGCGGCCGCUGCCGCUGCUGCAGGCGCGGGGGGCUUGGCGGCGUAUCCGGAUUCGGUGACGAUGACGGCGGAGCCUUCAUCGCGGUCGCUAACCCCGCGGCUGCUAUCCGAGUUGUUGGUCUCUGUGGCCAAGCUAGGUGUGCCGCCACCGCGGCGCUGGAUCCGUAGCUUCCUGGCGGCUUCGGAGCCCCAGAUGGGGACCUUCGACGCGGAAUCUCUGGGUGGGCUGAUGUGGGGCCUGGCGGUGCUGGAUGUACGACCGUCGGCUGAGUGGACCGCGCGACUUAUGGAUCGAGUCCGGAUCUGCCUGGUACGGAAGCACGAGGUCAAUCUGGAUCCGGAUCUGGGGAUAUUUGAGAUGGCUAGGGGUCUGGAGCGGGGUCGGCACGGAGGCCGAGAAACGGCGUAUGGUGGCGGUGAACUGGAAAAAGAGGCAAAGAGGAGCAGCUGCGUGGAGAAUGAAGAGGCGGUGGAGGACGUCCGAAUGGACCCGACAUGACCUUUUAUCAGGCUAACAAAGUUUCGACAUGCGUGAGGGUCGAACGGCGGACCGUGUGGCCGAAUGGGAGAGGUAAAAAGGGGGAGACACAACGGCUGAUAUUGGCGUUUGUGCCAUGCCACUG